AUGACGGCUCCACCGGCAACAACGAGAAUCGCCUACGUACGAACCAUUAUUGACAAAGACAAGGAAAGAGAAUAUUACGAAAGCUGUUGGGCCAAUCUCGGAAUGUUUCUAUGGUCAUGGGUCGGCCAGAAAGUUCAUAACGACCCUGCUGGAACUGGUGCUCCACGACUUCGCAGCUCAUCUCCGCCUGGUCUCCGUCACCACUACAUCAUCGGUCAUUCCAAUCCUUUCGACGCUUUUGUGCUUGAAUGGCUUCUGGAGAACUCCAAGCCCGAUAGUUGGAGGAUGUCUCGCGAUGACUUUGAAGUUUUCCUUUCUGAGGCACAGACGAAGGAUCCAGCAAACAAAGAACUCCUCCAAAAGCUUGAAGCAGAGCGGGUCAAGGUCACGAUCGUAGACUCAUCCAUGCCGAGAGAGUUUGAUACAGAAGACAUAUGUGAUGGAGUGAUGCUCACUAAAAGUGACUACGUUCUCGAGACAUAUCUAGAAAGAGGUUCAAGCAGUUGGAUAACAACAGACGUACUCUAUCGCGACUCUCUUCGCCAUGGCCAUCCUCAACGCUACAACACUCAAGAACUCUCACAACGGUACUAUGAUAAUAGACUCAAGAACAAGAUGGGCCAUACUAGGAGAUCAUGUUCAUACCCCCACGGCAAAUCUGACGCCUGGAAAGCCGAUCACGUAGAAGAUUGGAAAAACUAUAAGUGUGAAUCCUGUGGGCAGAGGUGUAAGCGUAAUAAAGGCUGUAAAGUUACGGGUGAAGACUGGGCCAAGAGAAAAGAUGCGAUAGCGUGGGAUGAAGGAGUUGAUACGUCGGCGCCGAGACCGCCUGAGUUUGAAAGGGAUUGGAGGAUGUUGACGGCGGAGGACAUAUGUCACUAUUGGGGCACUGACCCAAUGUCUUAUGAGAGGUUUAGGAAUUGGAAGUGGAGGUCUGUUGACACCUUCGCGGGCGAAUGA